CAUCAAACACCUCCUACCCCAAUAUAUAACAACAUGGCCGACAAGUUUCCUGCUAUAGAAUCCGUAGAUGACGAUUCAAUUGUCGCUGGACAAGACGACGUCGCUGGUGCCGACUUCCUCUCACGUGAGCAGGAGCUUCUUGGUGACGAGUUCAAGACCGAACAAGACCGAGAAGUGUUGGCUGCUAGUGACGAUGAAAUAAACGAGUUCAACGAGCAGUUCCCCGAUGUCGAAGAGAGUGCUGCAGUUGCUGUGCCGGUUGUGGCCUCUGAAGCCGAAGACGACUACGAAUUCUCCCAGCCUGUUGCCUCCAAGUUUGAAGGUGAAUCGGCUCCGUUAAAGGAGUGGAAACAACGUCGUGAUUUGGAAAUCAGCGAAAGAGAAAGUGCCAACAGCAAGAAGAAGCAAGAAAUCGUCGCUAAGGCCCAACAAACUGUUGAUGACUUCUACGACAACUAUAAUAUCAAGAAGGAACAACAUUCGAAGGAAGUCUUGAAGGAACAGGACGAAUAUUUGGAGAAGAGAGAUGGUUUCUUGAAAAGAGGAACUUUGUGGGAUCGUGUCAACGAGAUUGUAAGCGAAGUUGGCGACUUGCCAGAGAGCGAAGACAGAGACAAGUCUAGAUUCAAAGACUUGUUGGGCAAGUUGAAGGGCAAGGAAAACGCUCCAGGUGCCGGAGGAUAUUAAGAAGCGGAUAAGAUGUAGACAAUGAAAAGCAAAAGACAUCUUUAUGAAAAGUUGAAGAUAUCUUGAAGCCAGCCUUAUCAAUUUCAUUAUCUUAAAAUGUCAAACUGUACAAUUUAGAUGUAGUAAAAGAAUAGACACUAUUCCAUAAGAUUUC